GUUUGAAAGAUUUUAGGCUGGCACGAUUUGGUCGUCUGGAGGAAACUGAGUGAUUAACGUUAUAGAGUUGAGAAGAACGACCAGAGGUGUGGUGAAUCGAACUUCAGAGACAGCACUGCACAUGGCUUUUUGCAUCCGGAGGUUAUGGAAUAUUCUGGAACGGAAACUGUCCGGGAACCGUAAAGUAAGAACAUUUGAAGACACGCAUGCGCGUCCCAGUUCUCGAUAUUUCCUCACGUGGAGUUUCCGCUUCAGCCUGUUAGAUCCACACUCAAGACGAAAUCGGGGCUCAACAUCACGAGGUUUCAACGACUAUCACUUAAAGAUGGCUUUCAGGAAAUUCCUUCCCAUGUUUGAUCGGGUGCUGGUGGAGCGUCUGGCUGCAGAGACUAUGUCGAAGGGGGGCAUUAUGCUGCCAGAGAAGGCCCAGGGCAAGGUGCUGCAGGCCACAGUGGUGGCAGUGGGACCAGGCUCUACCAACCAGGAUUUCUACAACUGGCCAGAUGAAUCCUUUGAAGAGAUGGACAGCACGCUGGCUGUACAACAGUACAUUCAGCAGAACAUCCGGUCAGACUGCUCCGGUAUCGAUAAGAUCCUGGAGCCACCAGAGGGACAGGACGAAGGGGUGUGGAAGUACGAGCACCUCCGGCAAUUUUGUCUGGAGCUGAAUGGACUCGCUGUGAAACUGCAGAGCGAGUGCCACCCAGACACCUGCACCCAGAUGACAGCCACAGAACAGUGGAUAUUCCUGUGUGCUGCACACAAGACCCCCAAAGAGUGCCCUGCCAUUGACUACACCAGGCACACGCUGGACGGAGCUGCCUGCCUUCUCAACAGCAACAAGUAUUUCCCCAGCCGUGUGAGCAUCAAGGAGUCCUCAGUGGCCAAGCUGGGCUCUGUGUGUCGCCGGAUCUACAGGAUAUUCUCCCAUGCUUACUUCCACCAUCGGCAGAUAUUUGACAAGUAUGAGAACGAGACGUUUCUGUGCCAUCGGUUCACACGCUUCGUGAUGAAGUACAACCUGAUGUCCAAGGACAACCUGAUUGUUCCUAUCCUGGAGGAGGAGGUCCAGAACACCUCAGCUGGGGAGAGCGAGGCCUGAGAGGAGAGCUGCACACAGGAGACCAGAUGUGAGUUCAAAUACUAGUAUUCAAAUACUGCUUGAUUGAGCUUGCCUGUUGCAAUGAAACCAAUGAGAGUCCCACAAGGCAAAUUCCACCCACCUGGUACUCCAGGCAGGCUAAAGCAAACACUCAAAGUAUUUGAGAUAGUAUUUUAACCCAGGUCUGAUGCAGCUACACACUAGCCAGACUCACUACUCUGUGGGGAAUGUUACUUUAACCUAUUGAGCAGCUAGAUUUACAAAACCUACAUUUAACCAUAAUGUGUUGAUGGCAAAGGCACACCCUUAUGGGCUCCCUGUAUAUAACCCCUGCUGCCCCCCCCUCCUAUCAUGUGUUUGCUGGUGCUUUGCUUUCUCCGCGUUGCUUUUGUUCUCUCUCAUUGAAUUCCAAAUAGACUCCUUGCCACUCCUGUAGAUCUGAGGCUUGGAUAGCUGGAAGAAUAUGCAGACAUUUCCAGGAAACCCAUUUGGAGGCAAGAUGAAGCUAUGACCAUAAUGCUUCUCUGUAUCCAAUCUUCUCUAGUUUACAGGUGUACCUAGGGUUCAGAGGCUAGGGGUCCAUUUGUGGUUCAGAAGCCCUCUAUGCUUGUGUUGCUCUGAGUACACACCGCUCUCAUCAUUAAGUUAUUUUGUGGGAGGAGUCUUGUCUAUCCGCCCCACUUUUUAUUUUCCUUUAAUAUAAUUACAUUUUGUUACUGUCGACAUUUGUCUUAAUAAAAAAAUACUAUUACCCUGU